AUUGCUUUAGCCUGCCAGUUUGUUCUAAACCGAAAGCAGUGGUUUUACAGCGAGAUUUGGGAUGUCUUUUCAUGAAUCUAGAUUUAAAAACAAAGUAUAAAAGAAAUGCAAAAUGGGACAGACUGUAAUUACUCUGUAUUUUAUUUUAUGAAACAUUAGUUUUGGUCAAUGUUCUUUGGACCGGAAGUAGCCGUUAUUCAACUAUCGCGAGAUUUGGGUGAUCUCGUCAGAACAGAACCGGAAUUAAAAAUGAACGGAACGCCGAACGGGACCGAGUUUGAAGGCAUCAAAGUCCACAAUUUCUCCGAAAAGAUCCUGGAGCAGGUGGUCCACUUCCACGUGAUGAAGCUCAGCGGUGGGUUCUUCCUGUGGGUCGGUUCUGCUCCGGUUCUGUCCAACCUGGCGGUGUCUAUGAACAGCAGAUUCGAUUCGAUGCCUUUAUCUUCAUUAGUUCUGGGGGAUCCGUCCGACACAGCUGCUA